CUUUUAAGAACUUUCUUUUGAACAAUUAGAAUAAUCUGUGAUGUGUAGUCCACUUGGAUUUCCUUCUGUGGGAAGGACCUACCAUGGCACUAGGCAGCGUGUUCUUAUCGCCUCCUGGCAUCUCCAUCCUGGCAUAGCCUUGGGAGGAAGGGGUGGAUGCAACCUUCAUCUUCUUAAAGAAGCGUGAUGGAUCCGCCUGCCGCCCGCUCGCGGAGGCCAGAGUGGAGGUUUCAUUGAGGACCACGGAAGCUGAAGUGCACGCCCGCGUUCUUCGGGCAGCUUACUGAACUAUAAACGUCUGGAAUCCAAGCUGCUCCGUCGCUAUAGGCAAAAUCCCCCGCCUGCCUGGCGCAGCAGAAAGGGCUUGCAUACAGGAAAUUUCUGAACAGAACGGAGAGACGCAGGUCUGGCUGAGGAAUGAAGUCUUGGCUCUGGCGGAGCCGUUCCUUAACUGCUGUGCCCUGUCAGAUCUCUUGCUGAGAAAACGUCUGAAAAGAAAGGAAUUACAGACAUUCGGCCUGGUUUCAAGACGUGUACUUUCGUGUGUGUGUGCGCUUCUGGGUCGAAGCGGUUACUGCGCGGUCCCCUUUCCGCUCUUAGUUCUGCACACGGCACUGUUUUCUUUCUGGAGUCGCUCCGGUCUGUGGACUUGGUUAAUCAGUGAUGGACUUCAAAGGUCGUGGGGCCGGGGCUCCAGUAAAUGGCUGAGCCUGAGGACCUGAACCUCUGAAGUCAGCAGAACGGCAGGGGGAAGCGCGCUGCCCGGCCAAGGAGGUGUUUGGAAACCGGCCUGCUUCCAGCGGGAUUGCAAGUGGAAAGAAACACCGGGAAGACACCUCCGAGCCUUUAAAGUGACCGAGCGGUGGAGAACUGACUAACAUAGGUGAACGUUCUGGAAGGAGUCCCCGGCGUGCAGUAGAGCCUCGCUGGAGGAAAUGUCAUCCUGGACCAUGGGUACCCGCAGCCCGGACAAGCGAGGAAGUUUCUUUAAGCUUAUUGACACGAUCGCCUCGGAGAUCGGAGAACUGAAACAGGAGAUGGUGCAGACAGAUGUCAGCCUGGACAAUGGCCUGGAACCCACCGACGCCCACAGCAUGGUAAGACACAAGGACGAUGGCUGUUCCCAGGAAAAGGAUGUGAAGACCUGCCCCCGGGACUCUGGCUAUGACAGCCUCUCCAGCAGGCUCAGCAUUUUGGACCGGCUUCUCCACACCCACUCCAUAUGGCUGCAGCUGAAUCUGAGUGAGGAGGAGGCGGCAGAAGUCCUACAGUCCCAGCCUCCGGGGAUUUUCCUGGUGCGUAAAUCCACCAAAAUGCAGAAGAAAGUCCUCUCCCUUCGCCUGCCCUGUGAACUUGGAGCCCCACUCAAGGAAUUUGCCAUAAAGGAAAGCACAUACACCUUUUCUCUGGAAGGCUCAGGAAUCAGCUUUGCGGAUUUAUUCCGGCUCAUUGCUUUCUACUGCAUCAGCAGGGACGUUCUGCCGUUUACCUUGAAGUUGCCUUAUGCCAUUUCAACAGCCAAGACGGAGGCUCAGCUUGAAGAACUAGCCCAGCUGGGACUAAAUUUUUGGAGCUCUCCAGCUGACAACAAACCCCCAAACCCUCCACCUCCCCAUAGGACUCCCUCCUCAGACGGUGUUUGUCCCGCCUCCCGCCAGCUCUGCCUUAUAAAUGGAGUGCAUUCUAUAAAAACCAGGACGCCUUCGGAGCUGGAGUGCAGCCAGACCAACGGAGCCCUGUGUUUUAUUAAUCCUCUUUUCUUGAAAGUGCACAGCCAGGACCUCAGUGGAGGCCUGAAGCGGCCCUGCACAAGGACUCCCAACGCGAAUGGCACCGAGAGGCCUCGGUCCCCCCCACCCAGGCCCCCGCCACCCGCUAUUAAUAGUCUGCACACAAGCCCUCAGCUGUCCAGGACUGAAACCCGGGCGGGCAUGCCAGAAACAGUCAACCAUAACAAACAUGGGAACGUAGCUCUGCUUGGAACGAAACCAACCCCCAUCCCUCCACCCCGGCUGAAGAAGCAGGCUUCUUUUCUGCAGGCGGGAGGCGGCGCAAAGACCUUGACCAGCAGCCAGCCUGGCGGGGACCGGGCUCGGGAGCUGCCGCAGGAGCAGGAGCCCAGCGCAGCUGGCAGCCCAGGUGGCGCCCCGCCUGCCGAGGCCCCGGGGGAUUGCACAAGGGCCCAGCCCGCCUGCUCUGAAUCACGGCCCCCGUGGCAUGGAGGCAGACAGAGGCUCAGCGACAUGAGCAUUUCCACUUCCUCCUCCGACUCGCUCGAGUUCGACCGCAGCAUGCCUCUGUUUGGCUACGAGGCAGACACCAACAGCAGCCUGGAGGAGGACUACGAAGAGGAGAGCGAUCAGGAGACCAUGGCCCCCCCCAUCAAGUCCAAAAAGAAGAGGAACAGCUCCUUCGUGCUGCCCAAGCUCUUCAAGUCCCAGCUCCGCAAGAUGAGCGGGGUGUUCAGCUCCUUCAUGACCCCUGAGAAGCGCAUGGUCCGCAGGAUCUCCGAGCUGUCCCGGGACAAGUGCACCUACUUCGGCUGCCUGGUGCAGGACUACGUGAGCUUUCUGCAGGAGAACAAGGAGUGCCAUGUGUCCAGCACGGACUUGCUGCAGACCAUCCGGCAGUUCAUGACCCAGGUGAAGAACUACCUGUCUCAGAGCUCGGAGCUGGACCCCCCCAUUGAGUCGCUGAUCCCCGAAGACCAAAUAGAUGUGGUGUUGGAAAAAGCCAUGCACAAGUGCAUCUUGAAGCCGCUGAAGGGGCACGUGGAGGCCAUGCUGAAGGACUUCCACCUGGCCGACGGCUCGUGGAAACAGCUCAAGGAGAACCUGCAGCUCGUGCGGCAGAGGAAUCCCCAGGAGCUGGGCGUCUUCGCCCCGACCCCCGAUUUCGUGGACGUGGAGAAAAUCAAAGUCAAGUUCAUGACGAUGCAGAAGAUGUAUUCGCCGGAAAAGAAAGUCAUGCUGCUGCUGAGGGUCUGCAAGCUUAUUUACACUGUCAUGGAGAGCAACUCAGGGAGGAUGUAUGGCGCCGACGACUUCCUACCGGUCCUGACCUAUGUCAUAGCUCAGUGCGACAUGCUGGAACUGGACACGGAAAUCGAGUACAUGAUGGAGCUCUUAGACCCUUCGCUGUUGCACGGAGAAGGGGGCUAUUACUUGACCAGCGCCUACGGGGCACUGUCUCUGAUAAAGAAUUUCCAAGAAGAGCAAGCCGCAAGACUGCUCAGCUCCGAGACCAGAGACACCCUGAGGCAGUGGCACAAACGGAGAACCACCAACCGGACCAUCCCUUCCGUGGACGACUUUCAGAAUUACCUCCGAGUUGCCUUCCAAGAGGUGAACAGUGGCUGCACGGGAAAGACGCUCCUGGUGCGACCGUACGUCACCACCGAGGACGUGUGUCAGCUCUGUGCAGAGAAGUUCAAGGUGGGGGACCCUGAGGAGUACAGACUCUUCCUCUUUGUCGACGAAACGUGGCAGCAGCUGGCAGAGGACACCUACCCUCAAAAAAUCAAGGCUGAGCUGCACAGCCGGCCACAGCCCCACAUCUUCCACUUUGUCUACAAGCGCAUCCAGAACGAUCCUUAUGGCAUCAUUUUCCAGAAUGGGGAAGAAGAUCUCCCCACCUCCUAGGAGACACCGGACGCUCCCGUGGUUAGGAACCUCGCCUCCCGCCUUCCACGUGCUUCUGCUUGAAAAGCAGGCACCUCCUUGGCGACCCCUGGGUUCAGUGACUAAGCCAUCCACGGGCGGACUUGACCAAGGGCAUCUUCAGCCACAUUGCCCAAGCCAGGUAGCUGAGGUUCAUGACACAGGAGGCUUCUCCCUCAGAGAUGGAGAGUUGAAUUUGAUGGUCUAAGGGUCCUAGACGCAUUUGCUGCCGACCCGCAGCCAGGCUCACAACUAUGUGUGUGUGUUUAAUAAACAUGUAAGGUACAAGCCCUUCUCUUGAGUUCAUUCAGCAGCAGGUGUCUGACAGGACUGGCCGAUGCAGUGCGUCAAGUACUUCUCAGUUCUGUGGAUGGCUUCAUCCUUUCACUUUUUUUCUAUUCUUUCUUGUUUUUGUUUUUUUAUUUUACAAAGAGCCUUUGUGUUUUUUAUAUAUUUCAUAGAAAUUUUUAUAGCAGUUGCAGGUAAACUGUCAGGAUUGGUUUUUAAACUAUUUUUGUAACUUUAAAAUAUUCUAUAAUUAUGCAUGUGAUUUUAACAUUUAAUAUUCCAAAAGAAAUCUCUUGCUGGAUUUGAGAGUAUUGAGCAUUGUCUAAGUCUCUCUUCUGUAACUGGAUGUUUCGGCAACUUUGUGGGGAGAGACUGCUGGAUUUCGUAAAGUGAUGUAUUACUGACACUGGCCACAGAAUGCCUUCGGGAAUCUGAUGUACUGUUACCUUGUUCACGCUCUGUGAGCUUGUGCUGUUUUGUAUUUUAACCAAGUGAUGCUGAGGAUAAGUAGAGACAGGGAUGUAGAGAGAGGUCGAGAGAGAAAUACGGACUCUAACAAAGGACUAAGGAGUUAGUCUGCUGGUUCAGGCUCCUUGAAGAAAGUGAGAAAAGAAGAUGGAAGGAACCACCUAUGCUGAGAAUGCUAUAAAUAGUCAGUGAGAUUUAGCAACGUUUUUCCAUGUUAUUUGCCUUUGGAAACAAUUUUGAAAACUCCAUGAGGAAAGAAAAAAAUAUAUAUAACACUUGUUUCCCUUUUACACGUAAGUCAAAAUUAACAGCAUCAAAUUGUUUGGGGCAGAGACCAAGUAAUGUGUACGGUGACAUUCAUGGAGUUCAGUAAGAUGCUGCUUGGGAAAGAGUUUGCAAAUGCACCAAAAGGCCAUCUGCAUUUUAAGAAUGUGUGGCGAAGUAAAUUCAUGUUUUGUGAAACCUGGUUGGGGGUGCUCAAAGUAUGAGGGUCUUGUAUCCACGCAACACAGGUAGUUGCAAAAAACAUGUUAUUGUUCUGUGCAAAGAUGCGUAGGCAUCUGACUUGGUUGGCUUUGUACCUUGUCCCUUUGUUAGCUUUUGUGAUACAUCCAGAACCCUCAGCACAUACUGUGUUAUACUUCCUUUUGUAAAUGAUUUUUUAAAUGGAAUUUUGCACAUAAUACAUUGUAAUACUGUACGAUAAUCAUGUGUGAAAAUAAUUUUGAAAUAUU